UUAAUUUAUAGUCUACUAAAGUCAUCAUAUAACACUAAUUUUUCAACAAAUUCUUUUCUCCCUUUUUGGAUGGAUAGGCAAAUUUCGCCUAAACUUCUUUCGUUCAAUGGCCGUGUAAUUUGGCGGAUUAGGAAAAAUGGAGAGGUAAACGGAAUGCCUUUUCUCAGCUAUGAAGACUUGUUAACCGGAAAAUGUACAAAUUAUAGAGUUAUUGGACUUUGCUCCCGUUUCGGUGAACUUGUAGCUAUUUAUUGGUUAAUGGAUGGAGAUGAUGAUAAAAUGGUUAUAAUUGAUCUGAAAAUUGAGGGAACACAACGAGUCCUUUCACAACGAAUAUUUAGGCUAAAUCAUUUUCAAUGUACUGCUGAAUGGAUGGGACCGAACCAUCGACAAUAUUCAACUGAAGUUUCUUCCUUUUCCAAUGUUUUGGUAGGGGAGGAAAUUGUUGUGUUGAUUGGAAGUUACUUUGAGGAGGAGGAUAAUAAUUCGACACCUCCACAACAACACAUGGUAACUUUACCUCGUUGCCCAACUAACGCAUUGUUUUCAGAGGAACUUUUACUUCCCGAUAUUGUUAAUUUAAAAGGGACUACUUCAGGCUCUUUCUUCUUUUUAGCUAGGCCGGGAAUGUCUGGAUUAUUACCUGAUAAUUGUAUUGAUAGAUUGGCUGAAAUGGAGCCUAGGAAUCAAUUACAAAAAAUAUUUUUCCUUGGAAGGUUGAGGAAGUCUCAUUGUUGUGGAGAAAUGAGUUCUUGCGAUCCUUUCUAUAGAGGCUACUCUAAUUCUGAAGAAAAUGGUAGAACUCCAUUUGGCUGUAGUGUAGUGUACCGGUGCUUCAUAUACAAUACGCAGCAUAUCCGUCAAAAACCUUUUGCUGAACUACAGAACACAUCAAAUUUCCCGCCUCGUCUAAAACACAACGAUAUAUUAACUCCAUUCCUCGCUCAACAAAUUCCACAAAAUUCAAAAAUUUAUUUUCGACACACUGGAAAUACUCCUCAAUUCGUCCCAGCUUUGUUUUGGACUGAAAAAGAAGAAAAAAGCAAUUUACGAGUUUGGCAUUUGGGGUGUUUAAAUUUGUUGAAAAAGUGUUGGAUUGGCCCUAUGGCAGAAUGGGAAGCACCUGCAAGUGAACGAGCCGAAGUUGUGAUGAGCGCUGAUGGGGCUAUGCUUGUAUUAAUUCGACAAAAUGGAAAUGAAAGAGAAAGAAUGCGCUGUUUCCGCAUCUCUCAACAACGUCUACUUGCACCACCGACAUUACUCGACUUAACACUAAUUUCCAUCCAAUGUUCUGAAAAUCGAGCAUUAAAGUUGCUAGCUCAACAAUUGUUGAUGGGUGUUGGAAAAUGA